GAAGUUUGUUAUUCAACAUCACGUUGUUGUAGGUAUAGUUCAGAUCUACUAGGUGACGUCUGUAAGCCUUAACGCAUAUUGGACAGAAGCAUCUUUAAAAUAAGGUAACACUAUACCUGUAUUUAUAGCUUUGUUUUGAGUACAAUUUUGUCGUUGCGUUUCGCCAAAAUACAAAGCUAGCAGUGGUCUAUUUUAUGCUGACUGGCUAGGUAGCUAGAUAGCUAACGUUACCGUAGUAGCAAGCCAUUACCGUCAUUUACGUUUCUGGACUACUCAUGCUUUCGGACUUAUGAACUCGUUCACAACAGUCGCAAGACUUCUUUCGCGAUACGUCGUGGUCAACACUUCAAGGACCUGUACCCAUAAUCCAAGCUGUCGUUUUUACACUAAAAUGGACCGAGCUACAGUUAGAUGUUUACCAGGGGAACCUAAACUCACAAUUUCAUUUGUCCUCGAUGGCAGUCACAAACACAUGCUCAGGGACCAAACGGAGGAGCUGGGGAAGUUAUUGGCAAGGAUCGCGAAUAAUGCAGCCAAGGGCCAGGGCAAAGCUAAGAAGUCCAAGAAAAACAAAAACCAAGCAACAGAACUAACAGAGCACUUGACUGUGAAGUUGUGUUUCAACGGGGACUUGGUAGCUGACGAUGCCAUGAACUCUGAUGCCUGGCAGGAUGGAGCCGUGUUGCACGUUGGGGAUAGUAAAUAUACGGUGCAGAGGAACCCCCCAACAUUUACCACCGCAGAGUUGCCAGCGUCUGUUCUCGCAGGCUUUCCAGUUUGCCCAAAGAUAGAGAUAGAAUUUGGGGACCUGAAAGACUCCACCUUCACAUGGUAUAAGGAAAGUGUUGGCGAAUUGCAAACUAACUGGAUAGAAGUCGGCAACGAGCGAGUCUUUGUACCGUCUAAUCUGGACAUAGGGUUAAAACUGAAGUUGAAGUGUACACCAAAAGAUGGGAUCCGUUGUGGAGUAGACAAGGAAUUAGUGUCCAUUGGGGCUGUUGAGGCUGGACCAGGGACUUGCACAUUUGACAACCGGCAUAUGUACACCAACAAGAUUACAGACGAACAGACCAUUAGAGUAGUGUCCUACAAUAUUUUGGCAGACAUUUACGCCCAGACGGAGCUCUCCAAAACGGUGCUUUACCCCUACUGCGCUCCAUAUGCACUGGAACUUGACUACCGACAAAAUCUAAUUAAAAAAGAAUUAUCAGGUUACCAUGCUGACAUAAUUUGUCUUCAGGAAGUGGAUAAGGGAGUUUUCACUGACAGCCUUUCUCCGGCCCUUGAUGCAUUUGGAAUGGAUGGGGUCUUCAGAAUCAAGGACAAGCAGCAUGAGGGUCUUGCCACUUACUUCAGAAGGUCCAAAUUUAAACUGCUUAGUCAACACGACAUAGUGCUCAGUAAAGCAUUAACUUCUGACCCAAUCCAUGCUGAGCUUUUGGAGAAGGUAUCAGCCAAUCCUGACUUGAAAGAGAAGGUGGUGCAAAGAUCAACCACCUUACAGGUGAGUGUGCUUCAGUCCCUUAAUGACUCAUCCAGGAAAAUCUGUGUUGCAAACACUCAUCUCUACUGGCAUCCUAAAGGUGGCAACGUCCGACUCGUACAGAUAACGGUAGCCCUGAGGCACCUGAAGCAGGUGAUAUCAGAAGUCACCUCAGAGGUUCCUCUCCUCUUCUCUGGAGAUUUCAACAGCACUCCAUCCUCCGGCCUGUUCCAGCUCUUCAGCCAGGGGGCCGUCCCAGAGAGUCACCCAGACUGGGGCUCCAGUGGCCCCCAGGAGGCCUGUCCCAUGGAGGCCUCCAACCCCUUCAGGCUGGACAGCGCCUAUGGGGAGCCCGCCUACACCAACUAUGUGGGGGGCUUCCAUGGCUGCCUAGACUACAUUUUCAUAGACCCUCAGGCACUCCAGGUGGAGCAGGUGAUACCGCUGCCUAGCCACCAGGAAGUCACCACUUACCAGGCUCUGCCCAGUGUGUCCCACCCUUCGGACCACAUUGCACUGGUCUGUGAUCUCAAAUGGAAAUGAUUGUGGAACUUUGCAAUAUUCAGAAUAAAUGAUCAGUUUAUCUUCACUAUUCAGAUCUGAAUUGGAAAUAGUUGGAGUGGCUGUACUGAUGUAAUGGUCAUAUAUAUAUAUAUAUAUAUAUAUAUACACACGGAACUAUGAUCCUUUGAAAGGGUUUUUAGCAAUUAUCUGACAAGAAAAUAUGUUGUCUGCAGUUUCAGAUAUGGCCAAUACUUUUUAAUAUUGAAAAGGACAAUUAGAUCCAUUUGUUGUUACAUGUAUUUAUUGUUUAAUCAAAUAAAAGCAAGCCUAUCU